CCCUCUCCAGCAGACCGCCAGCCCGGCAUGGCGUCUUGCACUUUUAUAACUGCGAGGGGUGGAGAUGAUAAAAGUUUCCCUCGGCAGCCACAUCAUUCCGUUAGAAUCGGACCCUUUUCCUCAUAUUCUUCAACACAUGUGUAUGGUUCGAUUUGCCCAGCGUCGAUGUCAUGUGAAUGGAUAGGGCCAAGAAGCCUCGUUGACCGUCUGACGUAUCCCCUUUUUUUUUUGGAAAACCCGAGGAAACUCGGAAUUGCAGUAGGAAUUUUUGCCUAUCCGUUCUCCUACCCAAAUGGAUUGGUGGUUUGAAGCCUCCCGCUCAAAGGGAACUGGGAUUAUUUCUAGCCUAUCUGAGGUCACUGGAUCUUCAGAAGCAGGGAUUCGACUUCUUCUUACUCUUUUGUUAACAUAUCCAUCUGCUUUCCUUCAUCGAAAGUUCCUGGCAAAGAAGGAAGCUGAACUUCAGCACAUCUUCUUCAUUCUGUGUGGAAAAGAUGCAAUCCAUUCAGUUGUGUGCAUAUGGGUGCUGCAUUUGAAUUUCCUUCUUGGAAUCCCAGCAGUCUAUACUGUGGCUUUCCAGUUCACUUUUCAAAUGUUCUACCUUCUUGCAGGGUACUAUUUCACUGAGAGUGAUACAUAUGACAUCAAAUGGACCAUGCCUCACUGUGUCCUCACGCUUCGACUCAUUGGGAUUGCAUUUGAUGUUUAUGAUGGAACCAAGAAACCAGAGGAGCUGAGUCCUGAGCAGAAAAUAAGAGCACUAAAGCAGACACCAUCCUUGCUGGAAAUCCUUGGCCAUGCAUAUUUUCCUAGCAGCUUUGUGGUUGGACCUCAGUUCCCCAUCAGGAGAUACUUGGAAUACACCUCUCGAGCUUACAGUCACAUAUUCUUGGAUGAGAAUGAAUGUGUCCGUGUGGGGAUCAUCAGAGGUCUUCUUGCCUUCCUAUAUUUAGGCCUUCACUUUUUGGGUGUGUUAUACAUCCCAACAGAUCAUGUCACAACAUCUGCAUUCACGGAGAAGCCUUUCUACAUCAAACUUCUACUCAUUGGCCUCUGGGGGAAAUUGAACAUGUCCAAGUACUUGGCUUGCUGGCUUCUUGCUGAAGGCUCAUGUAUAGUUUCGGGGCUAGCAUAUAAUGGGAAGACACCAGAUGGGAAGAAUAAAUGGAAUGGAACAUGCAACAUCGAGUUGAUACCUUUUGAGACUGCUACCCAAUUUUCAGACAUGAUUCGCUGCUUCAACAUCAACACAAAUGCUUGGGUUGCUUCGUAUGUAUACAAGCGAUUGAAGUGGCUGAAGCAGAAGAUGGUAUCUCAUGCAUGUGCUCUCCUCUUCCUUGCCUUCUGGCAUGGGUUGCAUUCAGGAUAUUAUGUCACCUUUCUUAAUGAAUUCAUUGUCAUCAAUGUGGAACGUGAUUUCUAUGAAAUGUAUGACCGAAGCAAAUGGGGGCAAAAGCCAUGGAGAUCUCUUUGGGUGAAGGUGCCCUGCAUCAUGUUGAAGACUGUUUGGCUUUGGUGUGGACUGAGUUACUGUGUUGUGCCAUUCCUCCUCUUCAAGACCUGGAAAUGGGUUACUGUUUAUAGUGGAGUUUACUGGUACAUCCAUAUCAUCUUUAUCCUGUAUCCCCUGUAUCGAGGCCAGCUGAAAAAAGCUAUGGGUCGAAUGGCACAUAAGGACAAAGAUGAGCCUGCUGUGCUCAAUGGCCUUGCCCAUUCUCACUCUCACUGAUGUGCUUCUGCAUGAUUAUUGUGUGGCUCACAGCAAAUUGUCCCAGUGCUGCAGAAUCUCUUCUGUUUUUGUAUUGAUGCUGCAAAUUCACCUCCGUUUAAUUUAUUUUCUCCUAUUUAUUCUUCUGAGAUUAGAAAAAAUUAUUGAUGCUGUUGUAAGGAUUUUGUUGAAUUUAAUUAGCAUGGUGUUUUUUUGUUGUUGUCCUUGUUUAGUUGAACCAGUGCUUUUGAUAUUGUGCAGUGCCUUCACUCUGAAGUACAAUGAAAAUUAAAGGAAGACGUUCACAAGUUGAACUAGAAAGUUUGCUAAUAAAUUUUUCAGGAGGGUCAAUAUGGGACUUUAGAAGUUUAAUGGAAAUAUUUUUUCACUACAGGCUAGACUUGUAGGUGGGAUUUUAUGCUUUUCUGGUGAUAUUUUAUUAUAUUAAAUUGCUUGGGAAAUGAUAAUCCACUCUCUAUCCCUUCAAAAAAAUCUCAGUAUCUCAUAAUGGCAACCAGAAUGCUUAAAAUUCCAUCUGAAGCCCACUAUAUAUACUAGUUUUUCACCCUUUUAGCAAGUUGUGUAGCAGUAAAUACUAUUAAUUGUAUAGGUCAAUAAACCUAUAAUACAAUGCAGUUUGGUCCAACAAUGAAGUGCAUUCAGAAUAUUCAUUUUCAGUUGCAUUGAUAACAUAGCAUUUAGCUCAAAUGGGCUCUACAUUUCUAGAACUGUUGAAAUUCACACGAUGUCCCUAACUUCAAUGCAUUAGCACUGAUUACCUAUCAAAAGAGCUUGAAAUCUCUUGAAACUGCUGCAUAUGUAGUAAUGCAAUUGGCCUACAGCAGUAGCAUGCCCAUAAAAUCCCAAUGGAAAAUUGAUAACCCACCAAUAUAUGGCCAAAUAAAAAGCUUUUGAGAAUCGAACCUGUAAAAUGUAUCCCAAGGGGGGAUUAUGACCCCCCCCCCCCCCCCCUUGGGUACACCACUGGCCUACAGUAUGUCAAGAGUCUGGAAUUAUAGUGAUUUUUUUGCUUACCUCAAAACAAGAUCACAAGGUGCAAUCAUAUAUGCUCAAUGACCAACAGCAUGUCCAGUUUCAAGAUGGUACAGCCAUUCUCUGUGAUCAUUUUUCUGCAACCAAUAUGAAAUCUCAAGUCUUUGUUGUCCAUUGCUAGAGCUCAGCCAGGUUUUGUAGCCUGGUUGCAUUAUCAUGGAAUUUCAAAAAUUCCCAAAGAAAGAAGUGAAGGGGUUUGAUGUUGUUCAGUGAUCAGAGGACAUUUGACAGCACUUGCAUACCCAAUCACACAGGGAAGUGUUAGUCCUGCUGCAGUCUUGCUGAAACCAGGAGCCAUGAUUGUCCAAAGGUAGUUGUGCUUGUGCCUUGAUGACCUCAUUCACUGACAUCUUCAGGUCUCUUCAUCUGUCAACAUCAGAGCUGUUCCAAGGGAGAUGCAAGUGGUGCGCCCAUACAUGGCGCCGAUUGACUGCC